UGUUAUUGAAUUUCACCAGAACAAACAAUAAUAAAAAGUAGUUUGUGUGAUAUUGAAUACUAAAGAAAAAAAGAAAUUGUACUAUUUCUAUUCAAGUGCUAAAUAAAAAACAAGAAGAGGACAACAACAGACUCACUAAUGACAAGUGUUGUAGUAAAACCAUGUUUUCGUCAAUUCGAAAAAGGGAUUCACCGUUUUAGUAUGGAGUUUUUAGCUGUCCAUCCAACCGUCACAUUAUCUAUUGUAGAUCAUUAUAACCGCAUUGCAAAAGAUAAUAAGAAACGAGUUGUGGGCGUUAUACUUGGAGAAUCCAUCGAUGGUAAAACACAUGCCACAAGUUCUUUUGCAGUUCCUUUUGAAGAAGAUUUACGUGACACGACUUUAUGGUAUUUGGAUCAUAAUUUUUUGGAAUCAAUGGCAUCCAUGUUCUCAAAAAUUAAUAAAAAAGAAAAAAUUAUUGGUUGGUACUCAACUGGUAGCCAAAUAAAAGCAUCCGAUCUUGAAAUUAAUGAAUUAUUUCGUCGUUACACACCUCAUCCUUUCUACCUUCUAGUGAACGUUCGACCUGCUACUGAUAAAGAUGACUUACCUUUUCAAGUGUACAUGGCAGACGAUAGACCCUCCAAUGAUCAAAUGUUCCGCAAAACAUUUGUUCAUAUUAACUCAAGUGUAGCACAAUUUCAAGCGGAAGAAGUUGCAGUGGAACAUUUAUUACGGGACUUGGAACAUUUAUCAUUUUCAAAAUUUACUAUAUCAGAUCGCCUUUCUGCUUUAAAAUGUUUAAAGCAAAAACUAGACGAUAUCGCAUUGUAUUUACAAGAAGUGUUAAAUGGUACAUUUCCGAUGCAUACCCGAGUCUUUAAUAACAUACAAAAUAUUUUUAACUUUAUGUCGGAUAAUAACAAUCUAGAAUUAAUUGAAGCGUUCGAUACAGAACUAACCAAUUCCAUGUUUUCCAUUUAUGCGGGUUGUGUUGUGAGAACGAUUCUAUCUCUUCAUGACUUGCUUAAAAAUAUAUUGGAAUCUCAAGAAAAUUACAGAAAUUCCCAAAAUAAAGUUGAGUCUAAAAAAGAGUUACCAUUGAACAAUGAAAAAAAAAACUAAUAAUACAUUGUUUUUAAAAUAAUCUUAAAAAAAUGCUGAUUUGGAGUUAAAAAUAAGAAUCGUUUGAUCUUUUGAUAGAAUGAGAUCAACCUGUUUUUUUUUUUUUAAAGAAAAAGGGGACCCGCUUUUUUUUUUUAAUGAUAACAAGACCAGUUUGAUUUUUUAAUAAAAUCGA